AUGCCGUCCGAAGGGCGGGGCGCCGCGCGCAAGUUCCGGCUGCACGAGCUGCGGGCGGCGACGUCGUCUUUUAGCAAGAAGGCCGUGCUGGGGCGGGGCAGCUUCGGGGAGGUGUAUCUGGGGAAGCUGGCGGGGCAUGAGAGCAAGGAGGUGGUGGAAGUGGCGGUGAAAAAGCUGAAUCCGGAGAGUUCACAGGGGCUUGAUGAGUGGCUGGCGGAGAUAGUGCUGCUGAGGAAGCUGCAUCACCCCAAUCUGGUCGAGCUGAUAGGCUACUGCGCCGAAAAGGGCGAGGCGCUACUGGUGUACGGGCUGUGCCCCAAUGGGAGCCUGGAUGAUCGGUUAUUCCCCCGGCGGGAGAGUGACAUUAUUGACUGGCCCACGCGCGUGCGGGUAGCGCAGGGAGCAGCGCAGGGGCUGCUACAUCUGCACGAGAACAAGGUCAUUCACCGGGACUUAAAGCCCUCCAACAUCUUGCUGGAUAAGGACAUGCAAGCGCGCAUCACGGAUUUCGGCAUGGCGAAGCAGUCAGCCAGCAGCGUGAGCCACAUCUCAACGCGUGUGAUGGGCACCAUGGGGUACCUGGACCCUGAAUACAUGGAGACGGGGUGUCUGCGGGACAAGAGCGAUGUUUACUCCCUUGGCGUCAUCCUCUUACAGAUGCUAACAGGCCGGGAUGCUGUUUCCAAAGAAGGCAAUGUGAAGCUCGUGGCAUGGAUGGGGCCGCACCUGCACCCGAACGUUACCGAACCUGACGCUUGGAUCGACCCGAACCUGCAGGGCAGGUUCUCCCGGCGGGGCGCCAAGAUGCUGGCAGCUGUGGCGAAGCAGUGUUCCGCCCGGCACAAGGAGGAUCGGCCAGAGAUGAGUGACGUGGCACAGGCGCUCAUGUCCGUGCCUCUUGCUGAUUGA